AUGGCGAAUCUUGUGCAGAGAUUUCUCAGGAACCAAUCGUGUUUAAGGGCAAUCCCGAGGCUCAAUCCCAAUCUAACAACACAUCAGAAGCCUUGCAUCAGCAACGUUGUAGAAUUCGAUCCAGCUCCUCUUACCAAUCCCGUGAUCACCGUCGCCGAUAAAUCUCUGCAAUUUUACCCGAGCUUCCCAAUCGGGUACGGGUUUAAUCCGACUGCGAUUCAUGAUUCGGGUCUGAUCGACGCGGAUGCGGUGGCGGAGGAGAAGGGUGAGAAGGAGAUGGUGAUUUAUGCGGACAGUGUGAAGAAGAAGAGGAAGAAGAAGAUGAACAAGCACAAGUACAGGAAGCUCAGGAAGGAAAUGGGACGCAAAACUUAG